AUCAACUCGGAUCCAAGCCGAGUCACUCGAAAAAAGCCCGUCUCCAUUUCGGGUGCCAUUAUUAAUUGUCACAGUAAUUUUCAAACCCUAGAAACCGCACACACUCUCUCGCCUGCUCCCCGGCCUUGGGACUUUUUGGUGCUGUUUACUGAUUCAUAUCUUGCCAUGGCGGAUGUGGAAGGCGAUGUUGCUGCUCCAGGGGUGCCUAAGAAGAGAACGUUUAAGAAGUUCAGUUUCAGAGGUGUCGAUCUCGAUGCUUUAUUAGAUAUGUCCACUGACGAACUCGUCAAGCUCUUUCCCGCUCGUGCUCGCCGAAGGUUCCAGAGAGGUUUGAAGAGGAAGCCAAUGGCUUUGAUUAAAAAUUGCGCAAGGCUAAGCGGGAAGCACCACCCGGAGAGAAGCCGGAGCCUGUUAGGACACAUCUCCGCAACAUGAUUAUAGUUCCUGAAAUGAUUGGUAGUAUCAUUGGUGUUUACAAUGGAAAGACCUUCAAUCAAGUGGAAAUCAAGCCUGAAAUGAUCAGC